GAAGGAAAUCUGAAACGACUGCAUCAGAGUCAAUGGAGCACAGCUGUGUUGUUGUUGGACCCUGGCCUGUGCCGGCCCCAUCCUGUGUUAUGAUUGGCUGGUCUACAGCCAGGAGCGGGACUUGGCGAAGGGUCUGUUGCGUAGUGAAAGAGAGACUUAUAGGGAGCCAGUCUAAACGCUGAUGGUGUCAUUAGUCUGUUGUCAUUACAUUGUGAGAUUAACAUUUACUUCAUAAUGAAAAAAUCUAAAAAAAAAAAAAAAAAAAGUCUGUUUCCACUUUAAGUUCUGUCAUGUUCUCUGUUGCUUCAUCACUGACCUGUCUGGAAAGCCUCCACACUUUUCUUGAUUUAUGUAACAAAGGUCAAAACCCAGACAUCUCAAUUACAUGGUCAGCAUCUUUUCACCAGGACACCCUGAAGCGUCGUCUGGAUUUGUAAAUUCUAAUGACCUAAAAAUCAAACUAUUGAUGGUCUCGGCCCCGCUGCGAUCAGGAAACAUUGUUGGGAUAUUUGACCUUUAAUCUGCUUACUGUUGGUUGUUGCUGAAGCAGUUCUCCUGUUCACUCACAUUUUAAGCUCCCGGCUAAGACGUCAGCAGAGUGUUGGUGUCUGCAGUGUGCAAGGUUACGGUGCGUUGGGCUGAAAGGGAGGGACAUUCCUCUGCACCGCUGAAUACGCUGUUAGCUUCAAGCUUGUAAGGUCACGAGGGCUCAUUCCUCAGUUUCAUCUCAGCUGAGCAGCCUGACAUGAGGCCACUCGGUGGAGAGUCUUUGUCCACUCUGUUGGACUGGUUUCCAGUUAGUAUGUACUGGAGCUGAGGGAAGAUGAAGCUGGUCUCAGAGCAGAGGGACGAGGAUCUAGACCUCCAGCUCCUUAUGGCUGUGUAUGAUGAGAACAUCCUGAAGAAUCCUUUCUACUUGGCGUUGGAGAAGCAGAGACCGGACCUCUGCAGCCGAGUGGCAGAGCUCCACGGCAUCGUUCUGGUGCCUUGUUGUGGAAGUUUGACCGUCAGCAGCUACUCAGACUCUCAGUUCGACAGCUAUGUCCUGCAGCCUGCGGAGGAUGGAUACCAGACUGUGGAUGGAAAGGAGGUCAGGAUCCAGGACAGGCAAGUCCUGCUGGGAUCCGGCUUCCCGACUCCCUCGUCAGUCCCCAUUCUGUUUGAGGAGACCUUCUACAAUGAUCAGGAGCAGAGCUACAGCAUCCUGUGCAUCUCCAGGCCCGUCGAGGUCGAUCCGAGCCCGGCUGAGCCAGGCCCGCCGCCCCCCUACUGUCUGAAGAGCCUGGAGGAUGUCAGGGAGUUCCUCGGCCGCCACGCCCAGAAACUGGACAAAUUCAUCCACGGCUUCUGUCAGGCCUUCAGAGAGCAGGAGAGGAAGGGACUCCGACACCACAUAGACUCUGUGAACGGUCUUUACACUAAAUGUCUUCAGUGUCUGCUGAGAGACUCUCGCCUGAAACUUCUGGCGAAGCAGGAGCUUCAGAUGACUCUUCUCAAACAGGCAGUAGAGAUGUAUGUUCAUCAUGGUAUCCAUGAUUUAAUUUUUAACUUUGUGGGAACGCUUGAAGCCAGCCAGGACGCUGCCUUCAACAAAAUCACCAGGAGUCUGCAGGACCUGCAGCAGAAAGAGCUGGGAGUCAAAGCUGACUUCAGUAUAAACUUGUCUCGGGCAAAGAGAGAGCUGAGUCAGCUCAACCAGCAGACCUCCCCCCUCCUCAAACUGCUCUGCCUGCGGAGAGUCACCCUGACCGCCACCCAGACCCCGAGAGGCACUGUCAGUAUCGAGGCUGUGUGUGCAGAUGACCUGCUCUCCGUCAUCCUCUAUCUGCUGGUGAAGACGGAAAUUCCCAACUGGAUGGCCAACCUGAGCUACAUCCGGAACUUCUGCUUCAGCCACUCCAGCAAAGAUGAACUCAGCUACUGUCUGAGCACUUUCGAGGCUGCAGUGGAAUACAUCAACCUGGGGAAGCUGCAGGACUCACACUCUGGCUCGGGUGAGCUGAAUGACAAGGCGUUGUUCAAGGAGAGGAUGAGUCUGCUGUUUCAGAGCGCUGCCACGCCCAUCCACUGUCUGUUUGAGCACAUCGCAAAUGGAAACGAAGGGGAGGUGGAACGUCUGCUGAGUGAAGGAGAGAUCAACGAGGACGUCAGGAUGUGUCAUCCCCUCUGCUCCUGUGACCUUUGUGACCUCCAGCUGUCUGGGCGGUUGAACGACCCAUCCAUCGUGACACCAUUCUCUAGAGACGACAGAGGUUAUACUCCGCUGCACGUCGCUGCCAUCUGCGGUCAAGCCCAGCUGAUCGACCUGCUGGUGUCGAAAGGAGCGCCGGUCAACGCCACAGACUACCACGUCCUCACACCGCUGCACCUGGCCUGCCAGCGGGGGUACCAGGGAGUCACGCUGCUGCUGCUGCACUACAAGGCCAACACGGACGCUCAGGACAACAAUGGAAACACGCCACUUCACCUCGCCUGCAUGUAUGGACACGAGGAUUGUGUGAAGGCGUUGGUGUACUACGACGUCCAAACUUGCCGCCUGGACCUGCAGAACGAUAAAGGCGACACAGCGCUGCACAUGGCGGCCCGCUGGGGCUACGAGGGAAUCAUCCAGGUGCUGCUGGAGAAUGGAGCAAACACGGACAUCCUCAACAAGAACAAAGACUCCCCGCUGCAGUGUGCUCUCAACUCCAAGAUCCUGGAGUUGUUGCAGUCGAAUCAGAACGGACGUCAGCGCAGCGGCAGCGGAGUGGAUUCUCCCAGUCGCUCCCCUCUGGCCUCAGACUGCAGCAGCCGUCGCUCCUCCAUCUCCAGCACCUCCUCUCUGGGCUCCGAGGCCAAACCAGAGGGAGAGCGGGUCCGACACAGAGAGGUGGAGAAGCUGCUGCGUGCCGUGGCAGACGGUGAUGUGGAGAUGGUGCGUUACCUGUUGGAGUGGAUGGAUGAGGAAGAGGACGAAGGAGAGUUUCGGUCUGAGGCCCUGCUCUGCCACCCACUGUGUCAGUGUCCAACCUGCGCUCCCACUCAGAAGCUGUCAGUCAUGCAGGCCGGAACUCUCGGGGUUAACAGCUGUAACACUGACGGUUUCACGCCGCUCCACGUCGCCGCCCUGCACGGACACUCUGCGCUGGCCGCCCUGCUGAUCCGCCACGGAGCCAGCGUCAACGCCCGCACCAACCAGAGCGCCACACCGCUUCACCUGGCCAGCCAGAACAGCCACAUCCAGGUGAUGAGGUUUCUGCUUGAGUGCAACGCCAAACUGAACAAGAAGGAUCACUAUGGCAACACACCUCUGAUACAGGCCUGUCUCUGUGGAAACCUGGAGACAGUCACCACCUUGUUACAGAGUAACGCGUUGGUGAAUGUGGUGAACCUUCAGGGGAACACGGCCCUCCAUGAGGCGGUGCGGGGUGGACACCAGGCGCUGGUGGAGAUGCUGCUGAGGGGUGGAGCCUGUCCUGGCGUCAGGAACAAGAGGCAGAGGACACCACUUGACUGCGCCUAUGAACUGGGUGGCAAGAACACGGAGAUCCUGAGAGCUCUGCAGAAAGCAUCUGGACUUUCUCCUGAUGCUGAACCAAUCAAACUCCUCUCUGUGCCCAAAGGAGCUCUGGCUCAUUCGUUCGUCCAGCGUCUGCGGCUGCAGGAUCACGCCAAUGGCAGGAAACAGAAGCUGGCUCAGUCCAUCAGCAGGAUCCAGCAGAUGAAGAAAGGAUCCUGUGCUCCUCCCUCCAGGUGUUCAGCAAACCUGAACCAGGGGAAUCCAGACAGGAGGAGAAUGAGGCGAGGGGAGACGGUGGAGGUCAGCAGCCCCUCUGCAAGCUUUGACGUCAGGCCCGGGCUGAGAGAGCAGCGGCCCCUGGGUCGCUGUCACACCCUGGACUCAGGAGAACAAACACUGGAGCUGCCGGUGCCCACACACACUCCCAACACGACGGAAUACACUCCACAUGAGGGUAAUCAGACAGAUGACACACACACUGAGAACACAGCAGGCGUUCAGAUGUCCAGGGACGACUCAAAGGCCGAAACCACUGAAACACAGUCCGCUGAUGAGUGUAGCACCGGCAGUGAGAUCUCUCAAUCGUCUGCCUCUAAUGCACCGACUCAGGCUGAUGAUCCGUCUGAACCCAGUCCCACACACACCUCAACCACUUCCUCUGCUUCACAUGAUGGCACCGAGCCGCAUGACACCAACAACAUCCGCCCUCUGAACAGUGAGCCGGAGUUACCUGACGAUCAGACUCGCACUGACACAGAGGCUUUGCAGUCAGAAAGCAAGGACGCAGACUCCAGCCCAACCUGCCCCACUGACCUCCACCCCACAGCCCCGACCGAUGGAAGCGAACAGAGAGACGCUAACCAAACACCAGAGGGGAGCGCAGAGUCGGAUCAUUGAGGCUGCGCUUGAAACCGAGAUGUUGGUGAGGAAUCGUUCAGAUAGAUUAUAGAGGAGCACAAAACAGACUUUUGGUUCCCUCGAUGUAACACCAAAAAUGAAAACAGGAAACACACAUUUUCAGAUCAGAUGUGACAAUGACUCUGUGACGAAGCUGAUUUAAACUGUCGACGGAGAAAGUGCGCAGUAAAGUCACAGUUCUGGGGCCGACUUUGACUCCUACCAGCUGAAAACAGUUCUUUCAACAGUUUUAAUUCUACAGAAACAAUGCAGUAAUAGAAAGUUGUAAGUGGUCAAAGGGUCGGUUCACCCAACUUAUAGAACAAUGUAUUUUCUCCCUUAUCUCUAGUGGUAUCUGACCAUGCAGAUGGGUUUGGUUUGAGGGGUCAGGGUUGAACGUGAGUUGGGACGCUGCUCAGCUUUGGUGCAGUAGAGAUAUAUCAGCCGUGGAAUUUAAUACCUUCAUGUAAAUUUCAGUUAACCAACUUACCAAAAGGAAAGAGAAAAGGAAAUAUAAAAUGUGCAAAUAUGGGGAGCAAAGGAGAGGAAGGUGUGCAUAUGGACAGAAGGAGAGGUGAAAUAAACAACUUUUAUUUUGUGAUUAUUAGAUGACUCAGCAGUGAUGUAUGUGCAACACUGCAGACUGGAGUCUCUGUGACUUAAAAGGUUUAAGGUUUAAAGGUAAAGGUUCGAAGUGGGGUUGUAUGAGGCGCUAAUCCAUAGUCAGGAAAUUACCUACGGUAGAUGGUGGUCAGCACGACCACAGUCUGGAGAAACAGGCAAAUUCCUGCUGUGGCCAAGGGCAGCCGCAAAACAUAUUCUAGCCACUUAAAAAUCAGUUUAAGUGUACGCCAUAUUUAGAAUAUUUUACCACUUUACCUUCUUGUGACUCCUUUGACAAAAACAGUAAAGCUUUGGCGCAGGCCUCCCGAGCACGUAUAGAGGCAUUAAUGCUCACACAUUGUUUGCUGCAAUGGGUGGCAUACAAAGGAAGUACUCUGUGGACAAGCAAGACGUCAACAAGUCUUCACAGAAAACGUUACCGGAGAAGCAGGCUGCCUGGCAACAGCAGUGAACACCAAUGUGCUGCCAAACAUUGCAUUUGUGUACUGCCAUUAUAACUGUUGCCUGCCUCCAAGUGGAAAUUAUUAGUCACAAAAAUUCUGAGGUGCACAUUCAAGCGCUGUGUCAGCUUUCGGAGCUUUCGCACGCAGACCCUGCGGCGAGUAUAAACCCAGCUCAGUUUUAUCUCUCCAUACACUGGAGUUGCUAGUCUACCACUGCCUCGAUCGGUUAUUUUGUUUGCGUCGUUGUGUGACUUUGGUGAAUCCGAACUAACCCUUUAAAACACCAAAGUAAAAACCAACCAUAGAACCCACACAGCUGUGUCUGCAGGGGCAGGUCAGUGAGAAAAUGUGUGUGUAAUUUGGGUGUACUGACCCUUUAAAGUCACAAUGAAAUGUUAAAAUGUAGGUUUCUGUGGUGCGUGACUCUCUUAAAGGUGACGUCGUCUCAUAGCGGAUGUGUUGAAAUGUGAUACAGCUCUGAGUUAACUGUCAAAAUAAAAUGUCAAGAGAGAGCUUGGGAGAAAUUUAGGGAGUUGUUCUAAGGUCCACUGAAAUCUUUUUGGGGCUUACGACAGCAUCUUAUUGUCAGGUGACUGCAAAACUUUUUCUUUUUCUUCUGUUAGAUUAUAUAUUUUGGAAAGCCAUCACUUUUACUUCCUGCAGAGCAGCGCAUCUUUAAUCGUUAAACUAACUGUUGAUCAGUUGAUGUACAGAAAAAACCCAUUUUGCACAUUUCUGCCUCUGUUAAUAUAUCAAACCUUUCUUUUCCUUUACUAACUGAUUGAUUCACAGGCAUGUUUGUUAACUAGUAGAACAGAGUAUCAAUAAAAAACAUCAAAUGAUAAAUUGCACCCAAAUUACCCAAAACAACUAGAAACAUAAAAAAAAUGUAUAAAUAACAAAUUAGGGAUUAAAGUGAACAUUUAGGUUGAAAGGUCAUUUCCUGCUUAGUGUCUCGUCUGAAAUCUACCAAAAUAUCAUUUCAUUGUGACUUUAAACGAUCAGACGUUGUUGGUGAUGUUAACAGACUUUCUCCCAGUUGAAUUUCUCCAGUCUGAAGAGGUCAUCUGACUAUGGAAGCCCAUUUCUGCCAAAAAAGAUACCGUAUUCCAUUAUAAUGACAAAUGACUUGUCAAAAAAAGUGACAUAGUAUCACAAAAUAAUGGCAAAGUAACUCAAAUACCUUUAGAAACUUACUCAAAUCAAUAACUGUAAUGACACGGUAUCUCAAAACAAUGAGAAACUUUCUCAAAAAUAAUGACUUGGUAGCACAAAUUCAUGAGAAACUUCAAAUUGAUGACUUAGUAUCUCGGUAAAAUGAGAAACAUUUUCAAAAUAAUGAGAAUGUUUCUUAAAGUAAUGACUAACUUAUCUCAGAAAAAUGACUUAAUAUUUAAAUCUAACGACUUAGUAUUUAGAAACCUUCUCAAAUUUACUACAGCCCCCUCAUCAUUUAUGCUCAAGAAAAGCAAAAAAAAAAAAAAAUAAAUAAAUAAAGGAAAUAAUACAUAAUUAAAUUAAUUUGGGAAUAAAAAUGUGGAAAAUAAUAAUUGAAUAAAGUAUUAAAUGAAAAAUGAAUACAUACAUUUGAAAUAAAUAAAAAAUAAAUGGCAAAGUAAAUAAAUAGGGGUAUAAAUACAAAGGUAUUUGGAGGCUAGUCAGCGGUGAAAGGAAUGACUUAUGUUGAAAUAAUAUUUUAGUAUCUAAAAAUAAAGUUUCUCAUUGUUUCCAUAUAUUAAGUCAUUAUUUUAAGAUACUGUUUUAAGGACGUUUCUCAUCAUGAUUUACAGGAUCUUUUCAUCACAAGUUUAAAUCAUGUAUUUUUCUUACUGGCCGAAAUGGGCUUCUGUAUCGGCCUCAGCAGCUGCUGUGUCUCCUCCUCCUCCUCAUCCUCCUCCUCCUCUUCCUCAUCUCACCUGAGUGUGAAGCACUUUCUUCUUCUAGCCUUCACAGAAAGAAAAAGGGAUGCAAACUGACUGUUAUUAUUAGUUUGUAUGAUGAUAUGUGUGUCUUCAGUUUUGUUUUAAGCCUCUGGACUGUAGCUCUGAUCCGACCACCAGACUUCACCUGAGGAAAGUGUUGUUUUACUUGAAUAACUAGACGCUGUUAAAAAUAGAUUUACAGUGUGGUUGGUUUGCUUGUUUUCCCCGUUUAACAUCACUUACAUUUUUAUCAGGAUCAUUUUAUUUUAUUAAUAACCCUUGUUGAUGGCAGUGUGUUGUGUGUUCAGAGAGUUUCAGCUCCUCCUGAAUGAUAGACUGUGUUUUCUCCACAGUUAUAGAGCAGCUUAAAGGAUCACACAGCUGGGUUUUAUGUUUUUAUCCUGUUGACUGCAAACCUUAUGUUUUACAUCACUGGCAACAAUUUCAAAAUCAUACCAGCAUGUUUUAUAUUUAUUUUUUAUUUUAUAGACUUGAAACUUGCAGCAGAUAGAUGAUCCAUCGCAGUUUAUUAUUGUUUGUGAGAGUUAUAUUAUCACUGCAUUUUGAUGGAGUUCAAGAGCCAUUUACACAUAUACAUUUGUUUAUUUAAAUUAACCAGGAACUUGCUUUACUGAGGUCAAAAUUCUCUUUUACAGUAGUGUCGACUCCGGCAGCACACAGAACACAUAGGUUACAAAAUAUGAUAAAACAUAGACCUAGGAUUGUUUUGUUUUUAAUUAAUGUAUUAAAAGAUAAAAAAUAACUGGCAGAUUAAUUGAAAAUGAAAAUGUUUUUUUAGUUGCAGCUCUCCUUAAUGUCCUUAAUAUAUUGCAUAUCAGUUAAUUAAUAUCAUUUCACAUGAUUUUGCACUUGCCAUUUUAUGAAAUGAUAUUGAACAAUAUCAUCAAAGAUUCUGCAUUUGUAUAAUUUAACGGGCUAUUUUUGAUUUUUAAUUUUAAUCUCAUCCAAGUUUCAAGUCUCUGCAAGAAAGUACGGAGGAUGGAAGCUGCAAAAAUCAAAACUAAAUAAUUGAAUUACUUGAUAAAUAAAUGAUCUAAUCUUAAUCAGAGUGGAAGCAAGGUAUGUAGAGUUGAUCUGUGCACUCUGAUGUCAACCAAGAGAUAGAAAGUUGACCCCAUGACAGCGCCCUCAUUUGCAUAAUUAAAAAGAAAUGCAUAAAGAAAUCUAUGAAAAACUUAACAUAAAUAAAUUAGUUAGGGGAUAUAUAUUGGGGAAACAUUUAAAGGGAAAUAAUGAAAAAUUUUAAUUUAAAAAUGAAUGCACACAUUUAAAAUGAAUAAAAAAUGAAUGCAAAUUAAUGAGAAACCUCAAAUUAGUGACUUAGUAUCUCAAGACGAUGAGAAUAUUCCUCAAAUUCAAAACUUAAAACAUGAGAGUUUCUUAAAAUAAAACAAUUAGAAACUUUCUCAAAAAUAAUGACUUAGUAUCAGACAUUAAUGAGAAACUUCAAAUUAAUGACUUGGUAUCUUGAAAUAAUGUAAAAAUUUCUUAAAAUGAUGACUUACUUGUGUCAAAAUAAUGACUUAGUAUUUUAAAGUAAUGAUGAACUUUCUCAAAUUAAUAACAGCCCCCUCAUCAUUUAUGCUCAAGAAAAGCAUAAAAACAUUCAUGAGGAAAAUAAUACAAAAAUAAAUUAGUUAGGGGAUAUAAAUAGGGGGAAAUACAAAAGGAAAAUAAUACAUAAAUAAAUUAUUAAAUUUAAAAAUACAUACAUUUAAAAUGAAUGAAAAAUAAAUGCAAAUUAAAUAAAUCAUUUAAAAAAUAAAUCUAAAAAAUAAAUACAUAAAAUUGGAAAAAUAAAUAGCAAAGUAAUUAGGGGUAUUAUUAAAAGGGUAAAUAAACAAAGAAGCAAAUAAAAAUGUAUAUUUAUGCUACAUUUUAUCAACUAAUUAAUGCCUACAUUUAUUUUAAUAUAUUUUGGUACAUUUAGUCACAUAAUAUAUUUAUUAAGUAAUUAUUUAUUUUUGAUUUUGGCAACUUCCGUCCUCCAUAAAAAUUUUUGCAAUGUUAUAAAAAAGAAAUAAAACAACUGGCUGCAGGAAGAUCAGUCUAAACAACAGAAUGUAUGAUUUGGAAGUUGGUUAGCAGUGAUGUAAAACAAAGUAUUAAUGAGAGAAAUAAAACAUGUAAAACCACCAGUUUGGUCCUUUAACAUUAGAAGAUAUUUAAUACAGAUGCAGCAUAAUGAAGCAGCUGCAGUACUGUAGAACAGUCACCGUCAGUGUUACCGUUCACACUAAUGUCACACGUUCACCUCCCAUAGUCCACUUAUUUUACUGAGUGUGUUUCAGUGCUGAUGAAGCUCACUGGUUCACUUUGAACUGACCUCUCUGACUCUUUGUGUUUCACUGUUAACCGUCCGUUUGUUUCCAGCCCUCUGUCGAUGUGUCUGCCGUUUUUUGGCCCGUCACAAACACAGAAACAUUCACUGAGUCUCCAGCAAGGCGGCGUCUUUGUGUUUCAGUGUCUGAUCUAUGAUGAAAGGAUGUCAAACCCAAUCAGAAGUCAAGUCUUAAUUAUUUUUGUACCACUGUUUUUAUUUUCAGGUUUGAAUGUUAAAAUGAUGUGAAUGUGCCUUAUUUAAUUCACACCCAAAUAACCAAUAAUAAACCAUUGAUCAUUGAGACUUAUUA